UUGCCUCUAUUCCUGGGAACAUUUUACUCAGGGGGCUGCAAAUAAAAAGCUGUGGAACGACGUCCCAUCAUUUGAGGAGGUGCUGAAGUUGCUCCAGAGUUGGACUGAGGAUAUGGGUUGUGCCAGUCAGAGCAGAGUGGAAGCCAGUGAGGACUAUGUGUGUCAGUUAGCGGAUGAGUUGGCAUUGCGCAUCCUCUGGUACCUUGAUGGCAAGGAGAUCCUGCAGGUGGCACAGACUUGCCGGCGCUGGAGACAGUUGGCUGAGGAUGAAGGUCUGUGGCAGGGAAAGUGCAAGGCCGAGGGCAUUGAGGAGCCGCUGUGUAUAACAAGGAGAAAGGCUAAAGCCUCUAGAUCUGGUCCAUGGAAAAGCUCUUACAUCUAUCAGCUCAGCGGUGAUACCAACUGGCCCCCGAGGGAGAAUCAGAGGAAUCACAUUGGAUAUGUGGGAUAUCAGUUUCACAACCUGGACCUUUUGAUGGGAAGGAUUUGGUUUGUUUGGGAAUUAAAGGAACAAUACAAAUCUGGUCGGCAGUUAGUGGAAAACAUCUGAGGACCCUUGUGGGACUCACAG